AUGACUAACUUUGACUCCCCUAUACCAUUGUCGGAAAUCGAAUCUGUGCUGGCUUGGGUCGAUACUUUUAAAUUGUCGAGGCCUACAAAAAAGAUUAACAGGGAUUUUUCUGAUGCUGUCCUCCUAGCAGAAAUCCUGAACGUCCACUAUCCAAAGUUAGUGGAGAUGCACAACUACCCGCCUCGGAACAGCCACUCGCUGAAGCUGAACAACUGGAUGACCCUGAACAGGAAGGUUUUGAAGAAGCUCAAGCUCAACCUCUGUUGUAACACCAUGGAACAGCUGGCUAACUGUGCUCCUGGGAUUAUAGAGAGAGUACUUGUAAUGGUACGAGAUAAAAUCCGUCGUGACGAGGAAAUGAAUAAAUCGGCAAAGGAAGCAGAACAGAAUCUGUCAAGUGGAGGCAGUUACUACGAGGCCUGCGGUGAUGAUGAACACGUCCUAGUGGUGCCAGUGAAGACGAGGGUCAACGGCGUGCUGGAGACAGUUCAGCAGAAGAUGAUCAGCUACGACACGUACUGCUUGCUCAAGGAGGAGCUCAAGGAUACCAAGGAAGCUGCUGAGGUCCUCAAACAAAAGGUAGAACACCUAGACAAUUUACUGAAACUAAAAGAAGAGAGAAUAGAUGAGCUGCAAAACCAGUUAGAAAGGAAACAGUCGAGGCGGAAGGAGAUCGAAGCUUUAACAAAUAAUCUUUCAGUUCCAUACGACAGCGUCCCACCAAGUCCCAACCAUAGCCAUAGGAACGAGUGCAUUAUAAUGCCAAUGAAAACCAGCUCUCUAAGAAGUGUAGAUUCCAAAGGUAAGAUAGACGAUUCCAGAAUUCCUGUCGCCAAAGAUUCAAUGAAAACUAUUUCGAAACCCAGUCUUACUGAAAUAGCCGUCAUGGACCUCGAUAAGCUCACAGUCGAUAGAAUAAAGUCAGAUGUCUUCAAGGAAAUUGAGUUGGUAGAAGAAAAAUAUGAGGCUUACGCUGAAGUGGAAUGUUUUGAGGAUUUCAAAGACACACAGGAAAAUGUCACAACUAUUGAAGAAACUAUACAUAAUGAAAUAAUAGAUAUCAGUAAGCCAAUAGAUAUCAGUAAACCAAUAGAUGUCAGUAAACCAAUAGAAUUUGGACAAGAUACUAGUAUGGUUAAUUAGAAGUUAAUUCUAGAGGUCUCAAAUAGUAGGGACUGUAAUUUAUUUCAAUGUUGGUCAUAAGAGUUGUCAAAAACCAACAAAACAUUGUAUGUGCCAAGAAAAGCUAAAAACAAUCUAAAAUGACUUUGUAAAAAUGUAUGAAUUUCUAUAGUGAUCGUGUUUGGUAUAUUGAAAGUUUUGGACAAUCUAAAUUGUACUAGUCAUAAUUCUUAAUCGUAGGUAUAAAAUACAUCUGUUAUAUUUUCAAUGUUUUUAUUAGGUUUUAGUUUGUUUGUUACUAAUGAUUUAGAAAUAAAAAG